AUGAUGACCAAACGAUUUGGUAAGCCUGGAGAAGGAGAUGUGUCUGAGCUGGUCAGUUCUCUGGCCUGGCUAGAUGAGGACCUGAGCUCCCAAGAUGGAGAGAGAGGUCCAGAGAUGGGGGGCCGCUACGGCCUGGGCCCAGGAGGCCGUGGGAGCAUCGAGCUGGGCAGCGAAGACAUGGAGGAUCAGGAGGAGGAAGACAAUUAUAAUGAUGAUGAUGAGGAGACUGGAAUGGACGGAGAAAAUGAGGCACCCAAACGGAGGGGGCCCAAGAAGAAGAAGAUGGCCAGAGGCAGACAGGAGAGGUUCAAGGCGAGACGCACCAAGGCCAACGCCCGCGAGCGGUCCCGCAUGCACGGGUUGAACGACGCGUUAGAUGUGUUACGUAAGGUCAUGCCCUGCGCCUCCAAGACCCAGAAACUGUCCAAGAUCGAGACCCUGCGGCUGGCCCGCAACUACAUCUGGGCCCUGUCUGAGGUGCUGGAGAGCGGUCAGUCCCCAGAGAGCCACGGCUUCACAGAGAUGUUGUGUAAAGGCCUGUCCCAGCCCACUAGCAACCUUGUGGCUGGGUGUCUCCAGCUGGGGGCUUCUGCCCCCAAAAUGAUCAACAAGCUGGAUGACAAGCCCUUUGGAGGAGCUCCAGGAGUUGGUAGUGGUGUAGCAGGGCAGCCUGGUGGCCAUCACCCCCUGAGUGGUCACUACCCCUCUCCGGGCCUGCAGCCCCCCUACGGGUCCCUGGAGGCCUCCCACCUCCUCCAUAUGAAGAGCUUCGAGGGAGGGCCCUACGAACAGCACCCUUCCCCUAAUGAGUGUAGUAGCAAUGGCACCCCCCCUUACGACGGGCCCCUCACGCCCCCCCUCAGCAUCAGUGGCAACUUUGCCCUGAAGCAGGAACCUUCCCCCCACGAGGCUGAGAGGAACUACCCCUCCCACCCUUCCCAUUACCUCUCGUCCCUACCCCACUACCCCCCCUCCUCCCUGGCCGGGCUGCCAGGGCCUCAGGGCCACCUCUUCCAGGCCUCGCGCUACGAACUGCCCCUAGACAUCCAGGCCUUUGAAUCCUUCCCUCCACCACACAUGGUCGCCUCACAGAUGGGCACUAUCUACAGCGAGUGA